AUGGCUGAAAAUCAAGAGACGAAAGUAGAACAUACCGAAGAAGAACAGCUACUAAAUGACAUCAAGGAUCAAAUAGAUGCAGAUGAACAACAACCAACAAUUGUCAUUAACGAAUUUACUGAAAAAACAGAAAUUGUCAAAUUAACAGUGGAAAGUGACAUACCAAUUGAAGAUCUAAGGAAACUGUAUACUAGUUCAUCAAAUAUAGCAAAUGUAUCUACAUCGAAACCAGAAGAAGCGAGUUCGUCGGAAGAAGAGGAAGAUUCAAGUGAUCAAGAAGAAGAUAGUGGUUAUCAGCGUUUACUAAUUGCUGAACAUCCAAAUAUGAAUGAAAAUGGUGAAGAAGAUAUGGAUGACUCAUCGUUUUCGUUGUAUUGGCAAAAAGCUAUUAACAUCGGUGAUCAAUAUCAAGCUAUAGUACCUGAUCUACUUCUUUCAUCCGAUCUCAAUGAUCAAGACUCACCUAAUGAUCAACUACUCUGGUCUCCGUCUUUAGACGAAAAUCAAGAAGAGAAUUCGGCAUUAGUAAACAAAUAUUUGAAACUAGCUGCUAAAGAAUUUCGAACAGCUGAUCAAGAGAUAAUACUUGAAGUAUUCCUAUCGACUAAUUACAAUAUCGAUCAAGCCUUAGAGAAACUUCGUCUACCAACAACUGACAAGAAUUAUUUUGUACCAGCACCAUGGACACUGCCAGAAUGUGAUAAAUUUGAGCAAUGUUUCAAAGAGCACGGCAAAGAUUUUUCCAUGUUUAAGAUUCCUAAUCGCACGGUGAAAGAACUUAUAUUUUUCUACUAUAUUUGGAAAAAAUCAGCUCGACAUGAUGUUUUUGUUCGACAAAAUCGCGUCGAAAAACGACGGUUUCACUUACAUCCUUACGUAACUGAUUACCUUGAGAAAUUCUUCAUAGAACAAGAACUUCAAUUGACCAACGCAUACGAACAAAAUAAUUCGUCAACAUUAGCUUUAAAUCCUCAAUUGAGUGGUGAUCAAUUGCUGGCAAAGCGUCGUUUAAGUUCAGAUUUAUUUCUCAAACCACUACCAACAAUAAAACGGACAAAACCGUUAUUAAAUUCCACUGAUAACGAGCAGCACGAUCUUACUGACAAUCAACAAAUACAAACAAGCACAAGUCCAAACAGCGUAGCUAAAAAAGCAAACGAAGACACGAAAUAA